AAGUUCGAUAAUAUUGAUGUUGUAGUAGGUUUUUCUAAUUGCAUGACAAUUUAUAAUUUGAUAUGAAAGAAAUAUAAUUUGCUAUAUAAAAAACACAAAUUAGAAUUAAGAUUUGUGACACAUGAUUAACUUUGCUUUUGGCAAAGAAAUUUUUAAAGAAGUAUCAUAAGAAUCAUAAGAAUAAAUUAUAUUGGUCAUUAAAUAAAUUAUAUUGGUUGAUAUUAAGAAUGGUUAAAUACUACGAAAGUAGUACAAUUUUUCAAUUUAAUUGGAAUCAAGUUGCAUAUGGAUUUUGGCAGAGAUAUCCAAAUCCUAAUAGUUCUCAUGUACUUACGGAAGACACUAUAUCAAGAAAAGUUAAAAAUGGUAUAUUAUAUAGCACACGUCUUUUGACAAAAACUAACAGAGUGCCUAAAUGGGGAGAGAGAUUUGUUAGCAAAAAUAUAGUAAAAAUUAUUGAAGAGAGUAUAGUGGAUCCAAAGACAAAGACUUUAACAACAUAUACAAGAAAUUUAGGUUACACUAAAGUCAUGAGCAUUGUAGAGAAGGUUGUUUAUAAAGUAUGUGAAGAAAACUCUAAUUGGACAGUAGCAAAACGAUCAGCUUGGAUUGAUAGUCAAGUAUUUGGAUUCAGUAGAGCUAUUCAAGCAUUUGGAUUGGAUAGAUUUAAAAAGAAUUGUACUCUGAUGUAUAAUGGGUUUAAUUACGUUCUAGCUCAUUUGUUUCCUCACACGGCACAAUAUAUGAAUCCAUCGCUUUCUCAAAUGGGUUUUGCUCAUCUAAUUGAAGAAUUUCCUGGAAAGACAAGUCUUGCAGAAGAUUUCCAACAUUCAUUACAAGGUAAAGCAGAAAAGGUAAAGGAUGCUGCAAAAAAGGCAACUGAUUUAGCAAAGAAAAAGGCUGGCACCAUUUAUGCUACAUAACAUUCUGAGCAAUCAUAAUUAAAACAACAUCGUCGGUGUGAAUGAUUUAAAAUAUUUGGCGAAUAGAGAAAAUGAAAAUUCAAAAAAUUUUUAAAAUGGAAUAAUUUUAAAAUGAAAAAAGGAUAAUUAUUUGAUGGUUUAUUGAUUGAGUAAAUAAUAGAAUGAAAUUGUUUAGCGUUAUUCGUUAAAAAAUAUGAGAAAAUUUUUUUAAAAAAUUUCUUCUAUAAUUAUGUAUAAUAUUGUAUCAUGUUAUCAUUCCUGUUAACUGCCAUUUUAUGUUCAAUUUUAAUAUUCAUACAAGAUUUAUUUGCGAUAAAUACGGCAAUAUAUUUUCAAAGAUAACGAUCACUGACGAUGCUUAAUAGUGUGGACGAAGCAAUAUUAUGGUACGCUUGUAUCAUUAGAUAUCAAAGCGAAUAAAAUUUGGAUCGAAAUAUAAAAA